CAAGGUAGAGGUAAACCUUAAAUGUCUGGAAUCGUGCAAAUGUUCUGGUGCAGUAGUGCAUGACCACCAGGAACUGUACGUUCAUAUCAAUUGCAUUUUAAUAGCAGGUCUACAUCGACACACAGCAGUACUGGAUACGUUAUUUAUACACUGUAUAUUAGUCCAGUGUUAACUGGAAUGAAUUGUGUACGUAAUUGUAACACACAUGUAGCUCCCGUCUAAGGUAUCUCCAUGUGCUUCUGUACGGUUCGGAUUUGGGAACCAAUUGUAACCUUUAGUUAGGGACCCCAUCCCUCUAAGGCCUAAAAGGCACGGCACGGUGAGCAUCGGACUGUGUCGGGUUCACGUCUCCGUGUCACGCGCUUUAUUUCAAGGGUGUGGUUGGGACAGACCUGGCUACUCUAUCAGGCGGGAAACAACUGCAAACUGACUUUUUUCUAUUUCGGAACACUUUUGGAAACAUCGGAUGUGUUAAAUUUGUGAAAAAGUUAAUUUUGGUGUUUUGGAAACCUAUGUGUUACGUCCAGGUGUGAACCUCACCUGUAGCACUAUGAACACCGGAUUUCAGAUCCUCGCCGUGUGCUUUUUAGCAUCUGUACACCUAAGUAUCUCUCAGGAAACCAUAACAUACACGUGUCCAAGUGGUUGGACAAAUCUCGGCUCAAAAUGUUACAAAUUGUUUGGUUCAGAGGCCACUUUAAGGAACACAUGGGAAACAGCAUCGACAGCAUGUCAAGGGUCCGGCUCCCGCCUGGUGGAGGUGAAGGACUACGACAUCAGAACUCAAGUGGGAAACUUCGUCAACAACAGUGAUGUGCAGAUGUUUUGGACUGGAAUGAGCAGAAUAGGUAUUCUGGAUACUAAUACAUACGGAGCUAAAUGGAACAAUGAACCAGCCUCCCUGUAUGAGGGCCGAUGGAGUAUCCGCAACCCACUCGUCACUUCCGGAGACUGUGUUUAUACCAUGAGAGAUGGAAGUGAAUUCUCUGACAAACUUGGAAAAUGUGAUGAAAAAAUGGCUUACGUUUGUGAGAGAAUGUCUUGCCCAACAAAUACUCUUCACUGUGCCAGCGGCGGCUGUGUCAAUAACCUGUGGGUGUGUGACGGUGUCGAUGACUGUGGAGACAACUCUGACGAGAUUGACUGUUCCAGCAGAUGUAUGUACAAAUAUGAAGCAACAACCGGUUUAAUACAAAGUCAAAACUACCCGAGCUUUUAUGCACAGACAAGCUCUUGUAUGUGGACCAUUGUAGGAUCUGAGGGUUGUAAUGUCUUUAUCAAGUUCAAUACCUUUGAAACAGAGAAGGACCGGGACAUUGUUGAUAUUUUGGUUGGAGGAAUGUCAGAGAAGACAUCCAUGUACCGUGCUAGUCUUUCAGGGAAUCAGACAGGCGCACAAUAUCGCAGUCACAACCGUUACAUGAUAAUAAAAUUCCGCACAGACCAUGACGUACAGAAUAUGGGAUUCAGUGCCGAUUUCACAAGCUUAUGUGACGACUUGCCAGUGGUCAGUAACUUAACGGCAAGGAGCUAUCCAACGGUUUUACAGCCCGUGCAGUUCCCUACAGAUUUUGGCAUUGGCAGACUCGGCAGUACAGAUACGGUGUGGGUUAUCACUGCUGCUGAGAGGAGGAAGAUCAUCACUAUCAGGAGGGACAUGAUAGACCUCCGGAUAGGGGAUACUUUGACCAUCCGUGAUGGCAGCUCUGCUUCAGGGGAAAUGCUGGCCAUGUAUUCACACACAAAUAAUGACAAUGGCAUGACUUCGCCAGGUUCUGACUCUCCAGCAGGCGGACCCCAGUUUGUGUUCUCCACUGACCACCAGAUGUACAUCAUCCUAAGUACCAAGGAUGCUGUGGCAGGCGUUGGCUUCAGGUUCAGCUACUGGCAAGGAUGUGAUGUCGUUAUGAACAGUGAUUAUGGGGAUAUUUUCUCACCUGGCUACCUGUAUGAUUUGGAUUAUGCUAAUUUCCAAACGUGCACCUGGAGUAUCAGUUCACCUGUGGCUGGUAGAGGUGUAACUCUCUUCCUUGACACUGAGUCAUAUUUAGGCAGCGACGAUUUCCUGGAGAUAUUUGUGGACAAGAACGAUGACACGGGGACCUGGGUCCAUGAUAAUGUAACACAUCCAAAAGGAUUUGAUAACGCCAACCUUCCGCUGGAUCAACCUAUACAUUCCAGUAAUGGCCAGCUCUUCCUCAGGUUCACCACCAACGCCAUACUCCCAGCUAAAGGAUUCCGGGCACGCUUUUCUGUUGACUGCCAGAACCCUAACUUCAAUGACAAUUACACAUCUGUCACUGGGUCAAUGCGCUGGCGGUAUCGGGACACGGAAGUGGUCACUUGUAAGGCUGGUAACACAUUCGCUGACCAGCAGUUCCAGGGCAGUUCUACCUCACAAUCAAUGACAUGUCAGUUCACAGGAAUGUGGAGCACUAACGUCAUACCACAUUGUAAACCUGUUUACUGCGGAAUGCCUUCAGUUAUCGGUAAUGGAUUUAUUUCGAGAAGUAAUGGUGUGACGCACAACUCCUACGCUACCUACCAGUGCUAUCCUGGCUUUACCUUAAUUGGCAGUGAAAAAGUAAUCUGUACUUCAACAGGCAUGUGGACGACGCUUCCAUCCUGUCGGGGUGCAGUCUGUCCACCACGAAGGAGUUUUACGUUUGGAACAACAAAUGUUACAAUGGGUGUUGACCAACAGUAUGGAGCCAUUGUUGCUUAUGAAUGUAAUCGUGGAUAUGAAAUAGUUGGGGAGCCCAUCAUCAUUUGCCAGUCUAGCAGUCAGUGGUCCAGUGAAGUACCUUACUGCAGGAAACUUUCCUGUGUAACCCCGGAAGUAAGGAAUGCUAAUCCAUUCGUGUCAAGUCUUGAAGUUGGAUUGACACUGACAGUACAGUGUAAACCUGGGUAUGCUUUUGGAAAUGGCUUAGACUAUGGUGCCAGUUUAUGUGAACCAAGCCUGCAAUUCAAUGUAGACAUCGGGCACUGUUUAAAUAAGGAUGAAUGUUCUGGGACAAACAUUUGUGUUCAAAAAUGCGUUGACAAUGAAGGGAGUUAUACCUGUGCCUGUAACGACGGCUACAUGCUAAACUCCGAUGGCCGCACAUGUUCAGACAUCAAUGAAUGUGACGUAAACAAGGGAGGAUGUAGUCAGAAGUGUAAUGACAAUGCUGGCGCGUAUCGAUGUUCAUGUGAUCAGCCAGGGUAUGUGUUGUUCUCUGAGGACGGUACGUCUGGCUACUACAUCCCAAAUACUGAGACCGGGCUAAUGUCGGGGGAUAUUUACCACCUGAACCACACAUGUGUCCGUUUGGCAUGCAGUGAUCCACCCGACGUGGGUAAUGCUCGACUGAUGUCAGGGAGGUCGAUCCACCGUUAUGGAGACAAGAUUGAGUACUUUUGUGAUCUUGGGUAUGAGAUGAGCGGGUCGUCUAUCCUGUCCUGUACCUCCAAUGGACAGUGGUCAUUUGCCUUUCCCACCUGCAAUGUGGCCAACUGUCCUCCUGCUGACCUGACAGGAGUGGGAAACAUACCAAACCUAAAUAGCUCAGGCCAGCUGUUAUAUGGAGAGGUGCUUGAGAUGACAUGUACUGUUAAUCAGCCCAGUAGUUACUCGUCAUCACGACAAUGUCUUUACGACAUAACAAGCAAUAUCUACACACUGGUUGGUGCUCCAUAUGGAUGCCCAGUGAUCGACUGUGGUACCCCAGAUCAAGUGGCUGGCUCUAACUUUGUUAUUGGGAACACUGUGUAUGGUAGCUCCUUCCCCUUUACCUGCUCACCACGUCAGGUCCGUGAUGGUACGAGUGAAAAUGGUGACACAAAUGUGAGGUGUAAAGCUGAUGGGAAAUGGGACUUUGGAAGUUUGCAGUGUGUAGGAGAAACAUGUGAUGAUCCUGGUAAUGUAGCAGGAGCUAGCCAAAACUCGACCAGCUAUCAGCCAAACGCUUUGGUGACCUUUCAAUGUCAUCGAAAUGGAUAUGAACUAACCAAGAAAGGUGGCAUCAGAUGUGUCUACAGUGGAAACAGUCUGGAAUGGGAUGACACUGUGCUGCCCAGUUGUGUUGACACUAUGAAGCCUACGGUACAGUACUGCCCCUCCGCACAGAGUGUGGACCCCUACAAAACUGUGACACUGGAUCAGCCAAUAUUCACAGACAAUACAGGUCUCCGAUCUGUCACUAUUUCCCCUGUAAAUGGAAACACAUCAUUGGUCAUAGAUGGCCUGUCUGGUAGCCGGAGUGUUGUCUACACUGCUACAGACCAUGCCGGCAAUGUCGAGACCUGUGCCAUUACUGUGUCUGUUAAUGAUAUUGUAAAACCACAGGUGACAUGCCCUCCCUCCCGUACAAUUUUAGUAAAAGAUGUUUCCUCAUCUAAGGAGGAGGUUACUGUGCGUGAAAGCGACAUCAUCAAGUCGGAUAUUGUAGGUAUAACAGAUGUUAUCAUCAAUCCUACUACCCUGACUGUGAGUGGCAGUAAUCUGGGCAGUCAUAUUGUCACAAUCAUAGUACGGGAUGCUGCUUCCAACUCGGCUGUCUGCAACUUUGAUGUGGCCGUCAAAAUUGAUCCCUGUACACCUUUAGCAUUGACUACGCCCUUACAUGGAAGUAAAGUUUGCAAUGAAGUAGCAGAUGGUUACUCCUGUACACUAACCUGUGAGUCAGGCUAUGUGUUCUACCAAUAUCCUACUACUAACCUAUCCAUGCAGUGCAGUACGGAAAAUCCCUGGAAUCCAGAAGCGGUGCCUGCAUGUGUCCCAGUUGAAGUAUCCAAUUUGGCUGACUAUCAGUUAAAAGUGAAUGUUAUUUACGAUGGGAUAACAGCAACUUCAGACUGUGUGGAGGAGUACAAGACAUUUGUCCGCAACGUUGCCCAAACACAGACAGCAAACUUUGUUUCAUCCUGUCUAAACCUGAACCCUGUAAACCCGAUCACAUUCACCAUCCCAACAGAUCAGAUCGAGUUCUCAACGCAAGGCACACAGCUGACCGUUGUGUUUACCCUGGUAUUUGCACCCCGAACUGCCUCUCAACAAAGCCUACGUUUAUGUGCCAAUAUCCAGGACAGCAACUUCCAGACACUUCCAUUUGGAUUUCAAACACUUUCCAAGGUGAUUCCUACAACAUCUUCAUGUAAGCAUGCCAAUGCUUCGGCCAGUCAGGCUCAGACUGAAGGAUAUCUGUGUGCCACCAACCAGAAGAAAAUAAUUCUGGGGUCCAAAACCUACUGUCUGUCGUGUUCAGAGGGAACCUACUAUGAUACAGCCGGAGGCACUUGCACCCUCUGCCCCAUAGGAACAUACAAUGCAUUGACAGGCCAGUCACAGUGUACAGAUUGUCCAGGGGGCCGCAGCUCAGAAUUCUCGGGCAGGACUAACUUUAAUGAAUGCAGCGUCUAUAAAUGUCCAGCUGGAUAUGCAUCGCCCAACGGUUUACCUCCCUGUACCGAAUGUGCCAAGGACACGUACUCCGCAACCGUUGGAAGUACAACCUGCACCUCAUGUGGACAGAACAUGAAGACGGCUGGAACAGGGUCCACCUCAGGAACCCAGUGUCUAUCUAGGUGUGCAAAGGGAUACUUCUCUCCAACUGGAUACAAUCCUGAUUGUCGUCCUUGUCCUGUCAACUUCUACCAGAAUUUGGAGGGCCAAUCAUACUGUAUAGAAUGCCAAAACAAUCAGUACACUGUAGGAGAGUCGUCUGAUUCUUCAAAUAACUGCGUUCCUGUCAGUACCCUGUGUUCAAAUUCCCCCUGUCAGAAUGGAGGAACUUGUGCUGAAACAAACUUUCACAACUUCAAAUGUACAUGUCCAGAUGGGUUCUAUGGUAGGACCUGCAACUCGCAGGUGUUGCACUGUGCAUCCACGCCCUGCUACAACAAUGGAAUGUGUACUGAAGACCAAGCCCUCAACUCUUACAAAUGCACAUGUCUUCAAGGCUCUUCAGGGACCAACUGUGAAAUCGAUUCGCCUACAGAAUGCACUCCCAACCCCUGUGGUAAUGCUGGGAAAUGUAAAAACCUGAUAAACAACUAUGAAUGCCUCUGUCCCACUGGAUAUUCUGGCAAAAAUUGUACCGACAAGAAAGAUGUAUGUCUCAAUGAUAUGUGUGCCUCGACAGCUUACAACUGUACAGCUUAUGGCAAUGUACGCAGAAAGUGUUACUGUAUGCCUGGCUACACAGGCGACAGAUGUGACAUCAACAUAGAUGACUGUCUAUCCAACCCUUGUCUGAAUGGAGGGACGUGUACCGAUAUGGUGAAUGGUUACCAGUGUUCCUGUAAUAUAAAUGCAUUCUCUGGGGUGAGAUGUGAAGUGAGAAUGGACCUGUGUUCAGGCGUAUCGUGUGGUGUGGGCGGAGUGUGUGUUCCGGACUACACCAGGGACACCUACAUCUGUGUCUGUAGACAGGGAUACGGCUACGGUGAGAUUUGUGAUUUCCAAGUGAGCAAGGAUAUGCAACCUGAUGGUCUGGCACCUUACUUGAGCAUGGUGCAGACAUCCAUACGGAGCUGCCUAGAUAGCUGUGUUGGAUCAUGUCAGGCGGUGAGCUACAACUCCAGUGGCGCCCAUUCCUGUUCCCUUUACAAUCAGAUCAUCACCACGUUACAAACAAACCAGGGCGCAGUAUUCUACACCAAAAUAUGUCACACUCCAUCAGAUGACUUCUACACUCCCUGGUUUAAUUUGAAUAACCCGAAUUCAGGAAAUGACAAUGAAAGACGUAACGAAAUAGAAAUGUACGGUGUACGAGUUUGCUAUGAUUCAACACCCCUGGAAGCACAAUGCAGAACUGCAGGGAACCAAACCGUUCUGGCUUCGGCAACAGGGGACAACUUCGCCCUUCAGUGUGGUGUAGAAGGAUUGGAGUGUCAAAGUUCACCCUCCAAUCCGUGCAAUGAUUAUGAGGUCCGCUACAAAUGCGCCAUACACAAAGUGUAUGAUAGAAGAACAUGUCAGCCGAAAACAGAUCACUGCCAGUCUAACCCGUGCCAGUUCAAUGCCCCCUGCCAGAACACUGUAGGUGGAUUCAUAUGUAACUGUCCCAGUGGCUUGUCCGGCUCCUUGUGUCAACACAACCCUGACGACUGUGUCUUUAACCAGUGUAACAAUGGUGCCACAUGUGUAGACGGUAUCAAUGGGUACACAUGCACCUGUACAUCAGGUUUCUACGGCUCUCUUUGCACCAACAAUAAAAACGACUGUUCUCCGAACCCUUGCGACAGCCAAGGAACUGAUUUCAAUGGCUGCCAGGACGGCAACAACGAGUACACAUGCCCCUGCAGCCAGGGGUUCACCGAUAAAAAUUGCUCUACUAACAUCGACGACUGUGCUAGCAACCCGUGUCUUCAUGGCGGCAACUGUACAGAUGCAACAAAUGGCUACAGUUGUGCAUGUCCCAAGGGCUGGACGGGCGUUAGCUGUGAUAUCAUAGAAGACCAAUGUUAUGCAAACCCUUGUCAGAGUGGGGCAUUAUGUUCACAGCUCUUCGAUAGCUUCUUUUGCACAUGUCCUGAGGGUACAUACGGUCAAACUUGUGAGCAUAGCCCAAAGCUUUGUGAGGAUAGCAACCCCUGCCUCAAUAAUGGCUAUUGUACUGUAAACGGAUCCACUGCUACCUGUACCUGCUCUUCCUACUAUACUGGUGACGGUUGUCAGUCAAUUGUUGACCACUGCAAGGAUUCAGACUUCUGUAAGAAUGAUGGAAAAUGUGAGAACCUCUCACCUGGCUUCAAAUGCAGCUGUAAACCAGGUUUUGGUGGGUUGAAUUGUGAGACCAACAUUAAUGACUGUUCUGGUAAUACCUGCGCAGCUGAUGCCACCUGUAUUGAUAUGGUGCAGAAACACUACUGUAGAUGUCCACUAUUUAAAACUGGAGAAAACUGCAAUAAAGAUCUAAGUAAAGACUACGACCUUUGCUUCCACCUGUCUGAUAAAACAGCAUAUGCAGCUCUGCCUUACCCUGUGCAGUUAGUCGGUGACUCCUUUUCUCUCACCUUGUGGGUGCGCUUCUCCAAGGACAAUGGUAUGGGAACCUUUGUCACGCUGUACUCCAUGCCAUCUGCUGAUAGUUUAAUUGACUCUGGGAAAUUUUUGGAGUUGGAUGAAAAUGGAGUGACGAUCUAUGAGGAGGGGCAGUCUCCAAAAAAGGCCGCGUACGUUUUUGAGAAGAUAAAUGAUAUGGACUGGCAUCAAGUGACUGUCAUUUGGCACGAGAAUAAAGGUCUUAGCCUCAUCCUAGACAGUCUGCACCACAAAACAAUACAGAACGUCUACACCGGGAAAUCUCUGAACAUGAAUGUCUGGGUUGUCCUGGGGGCCCAGUUAGACACAGCCACCUCCCAACCUAUUGAAGAUAAGGGUUUCUAUGGAUGUCUGAGUCAGAUCAACUUGUACAACAGGGAUUUGAACUUCAACGAUGAAAGCCCUGUCAUCAUUAAUGAUCCACAGAUCCAUUUUAGUGGCGUGGUACUGGGUUGGAAUGAGUAUGCCCUGUACAGGGGUGUCAGUACCAUUGUGCCGUCUUUUGUCUCGCUUUCUGAAUGUUCUGGCAACCCUCUCUGUCCGACUGGCAAAGACAAAACACCGCCUGAAUCACAGAAUUGUCCCGAUGAUAUCAUCGUACACAGCAAUCCUAAACCAGCGACAGUUAAGUGGCCAGAGCCAAGUUUCAUAGGCUCAGCAGCAACUGGAGGCAUCAAAUCAAAUUAUAGAAAUGGGGAGACGUUCUUGUGGGGAAAAUACACUGUGACGUAUGAGGCGCGAGACGAGUCGGACAAUGCUGCCUUUUGUUCUUUUGACAUAUAUGUCCAAUAUGGCAAUUGUUCCCAGCCUAAGAAUCCGAUAAAUGGCUAUCAGAAUUGUGACAACAUAUACAGCUCGUAUCACGGUUGUACCAUUGGCUGUAACGAUCCCACCGCACACAGAAUUGACAGAUAUACACCCAAUCUUUACACGUGUGGGCCCCUUGGCAGCUGGGACCCUGCAGACCGCUACCAGCAGGUCGGAUACCCCUCCUGCGGACAAAUCGCUGAGCCUGUCAGGAAAAGUCUGUCCAUUACUUUGACCUACCCCAACAUAACAACCUCCAACUGUAACGGUAUCAAGAAUACACUUGUCCAGAAAACUCAUGAGGCCAUUGGUGAAAUUAACACUGCUUACAGUGGAAAUGCAUGUAGCCAGCCAGACUGUGCCGACGUGAUCAUUAAUGUGAGCUGUGCACGUGCCACGUUCAGUUUAAAAACCACCACUGAGUCCACGGUUACAGUCAACAUUCCUAUGGCUGAAGCACAAUGGAGCAAGUCAGACACUUCUGAAGUAAUGGCAGCCGCAGAUGUUAUGACGCGCUACAUCUUGGAAUCAAGCUCAUUUGACUAUUCGACAUUCAUUCCAGGAGGGAUGUUUGAUCUAAAUAGUUUUUCUCUGAGUGUAGAAGACACAUGCCCAGGGAACAACACUGCGAUCAACGACCGGUGUGUUCGCUGUGGCCCUGGGAACUAUUUUAAUACAGCUACAAAGACCUGUCUCGACUGCCCGGUGGGCGAGUUUGUCGAUGGAUAUGGUCAACAGUCAUGUAAUCCCUGUCCUGCUGGAACCACCACUCAGUCACCAGGGUCAGCAACGCAAACAGAGUGUAAAGCAAGCUGUUCAGCGGGUCACUAUUUCAACAUCAAUGAGGAUAAAUGUGUUAAGUGCAGUAUCGGGUUUUACCAGGACAAGACGGGUCAGUUCCAUUGCCUACCCUGUGGCGCAGGACAAACUACCAGAGAAAAUGGUUCCGUGGCCAUCACUGCGUGUAAAGACGACUGUCCGUCGGGUAAGGAGCUGCUGCCUACUGGAGGCUGUGUGCCAUGUGCUACAGGAUCUUACAGAACGCAGGGAGUGCAAAGUCUGUGUACGCUCUGUCCUUCCGGCUUAACGACGGAGGGAAAUUCGUCAACGUCUAUUCAAAACUGCAAGCUAGUUUCUUGUAAUGCUGGAUUCAAGAGGAUGGGAAACAGUUGUGUGGAGUGUCCGAUGGGCACGUACCAGCCAGAAAAGUGGCAGACAGUUUGUUUGUCAUGUGGAGGUGACCGGUUUCGCACUGACCAGAAUAAAUCUGUCAGUAAAACCCAGUGCAAAUUUUUCUGUGAGAGUGGCUACGAAGUCAAGAACAACACAUGUGUUGUUUGUCCAAAUGGUUUCUACAAAGAUAAUAACCUUGAUGUUUAUGGAUCCUGCAGACCAUGUCCAAACAACAAAUUUACACAGAACAAUGCCUCUACCUCCGAGUCAGACUGUACAUUCUAUAAGUGCGGACCUGGGUACAAAUCCAAUGCAGCUGCCGACAACUGUGACAUCUGUCCCAAAGGCUCCUACCAACCUUUAAGCAAUCAGCAGUCAUGUGAAGUGUGUGCGACGGACCAGAGCACGAGACAGGCCGGCUCAACAAGCUCGAACCAGUGUGAAAGUAAGUGA